AUGCAGACUGCUUCUACAAACAUUUGUGAAAGACUGUGCAAUAAGUCCAUCCGUGAAAUUUCCUUGCUACUAAAUAUUCCACGAUCAACUGUUAGUGGUAUUAUAACAAAGUGUAAGCAACUAGGAACAAAAGCAACUCAGCCACAAAGUGGUAGGCCACGUAAAAUGACAGAGUUGGGUCAGAGCAUGCUGAAGUGCACAGUGCGCAUAAGUCACCAACUGUCAGCAGAGUCAAAAGCUAAAGACCUCCAAACUUUGUGUGGCCUUCAGAUUAGCAAAAGAACAAUUCAUAGAGAGCUUCAUGAAAUGGGUUUCCAUGGCUGAGCAGCUGCAUCCAAGCCUUACAUUAGCAAAUGCAAUGCAAAGCGUUGGAUGCAAUGGAGGUAAAGCACACUACCACUGGACUCUAG